CCCUCCCUACCUACCUUCAGAGUGUAAUCCCUCCCUCCUGAGUGAAUCUCGAGUUGACCCUCCUCAGCCUCCAGGUCGUAGGUGAAGGAGGCAUCGGCAAUGUCGAUGAAACCGAGCGGGAUGGCGUCGCUUGGACCCUUGAAGUAGUACAGGUGACAGUGGAGCGGCUCGAAUACGAACCAGCGACUCUUGAAGCCUUUGAGCGGCCCCUUCCCAGACAGUUUGUUGAGACACUGUCAGACCUGCUGAGCUCUUCCAGCAACUUCUAUUUUUGUUGUGAUGAUCAGGGCGCCUGCGCAUGUAGCCCAAGCUGCAAUACGUCCAUCCUGGGCCUCCUACUGUGCCACAAUGAUGCCACCCACAAACUGGAGAAGAGACACCUCAUAUUCUGCCGUGGGAGCCUACAGCCCGAUGGUCUAAACGUGGAUAUACCAGUGUCAAAAUCUCCCCACCCACACCAGCCUCAUCCCACGUCCAACCCUUCCUCUCAUACCCACCUCCUUGACCUGACACGACCUGUCCAUCUUCUCUCCCAUCUAUCCAAUUCUCCCCCCUCACUGACCAAUCCUUACCUGCACUCACCUUAUUGCCAUGAGAGCUAACAAAAACUACACAUGGUUGAGUCAGAUUCAACACAGUGUGGAUCUGGAGGAACACAGCAGGCCAGGCAGCAUCAGAAGGGCAGGAGGGUAGACGUUUCGGGUUGAGACGAUUCUUCAGAAAUAGGAACCCGGUUCUUAUGAACGGUCAUGACCCAAAAUGUUGACUCUGAUGCUGCCUGGCCGACUGUGUACCUCUAACUCCACAUCAUGUUGACUCCUCCUAACACACCCUGUCCACCUUUCCCUAGACCCACCCCUCCUCUCUUAUUAUCUGCUACCUCCUUUCCCCCCCUCCUUAGACCUGAUGAAGGAUCCUGACCCAAAAUGUAGGCUUUCCUGUUCCUCUGAAGCUGCCUGUCCAGCUGUGUUCCCCCAGCUCCGCACUCCCAGAAGCACUGGAUCUACUGUGAAUGCCUUGGUCACUGCUUUGGGAGGAUGGGAGAGUCUCAGAGGUUAAUGAGUUGCUCCCAAAAAUCACGGGCUAGCUCCGACACCUUGUCGGCAGGAAUGCUAAAGGAAAUGGCCCUCCGGUGGUUCACGGAGACCCAGGUCGCUCUCAUCCUGCAGAACGGCAGGUUACCCGAAUGGUUCCACGGUUUCGUGACCAGGAAAGAAGCUGAGAGUGUCCUGCAGGAUCGAGAUAUUGGUCACUUCCUCAUCCGGCUGAGCGACCGAGCAUUUGGCUACAUAUUGUCUUACAAGGGCAGUGAUCGCUGUCGACACUUUGUGAUCCAGCAGCUGAAGAACGGCAGGUACAUGAUUGAUGGUAGCACUCACACUCACAGGAGUCUUGCAGCCUUGAUCAACUACUACACAACUGAGGUUAUCCAGCCCUUUGGAGAGGUCCUCACUCAGUCCUGCAGUCAGAAUGACAGGAACAAUCUGUACGACCAGGUCAAUUCACCUACUAAAUCCAACUACGAGGAGACAGAAAGGGAACGAGUGUCCAGACAGCCACAUUUUCUCAGCCACUCCCAAUCUGAGGAGGUGUCACAGAGACCUCCAGCUGUCCCUCCGAAGGCCAACAGGAUCUUCAAUACCAGGAGGCUGACCUCAUCUCUAGAAAGCAUGACCUCCAACAGUGAGGACUGUGAUGUAGCCCCACCUCUGCCACUCAGGACAAGCCUGGUUUUCGAUCAGGACAAUCAGGAUGGAAUAACAUAUGGGCGAGUUAAUAAACUGAAAUACAAGGAGCAGCAGGCAUUCCUGGUAUUGAGCGACAAGAGCACAAACAAGGAAAGCUUGGCAAAUCCACUCUACAGUAUGGGAAUGGAUAUCCGAAAGCCCCAGCCUUCAAGGAGGCAGUCACCUAUGAGCAGUGCCAUAUAUUCCCUGGCUGUGGAGCCCCAGCCUAUAUAUAAUGAGGCAUUUGAGCCACCAGGAGUGAGUCCAUCAUCUGAUGUGGUGUACGCUGAAGUGGACGUGGAGCAAUGGAAAACUGGAGCCGUGCCUGCUUCGAGUGGUAGCAGUUAUGCCACCAUUGUUGCACCAACUGAACACUCAAGCCAGGCCUCUGAUGCCAAACAGUCAAGUUUGGCCACUCCACCUUUGACUCCUCCUCGACUGUCUCCCAAUUUGAGUCAGAGAUUGAAAUCUACAUCACCCACUCACUCUUCACAGAAGCACAAAGCCAGUCAGAAGCCCCUGACAAGCCUUUGGCCCCUCUGUCAUUCAGCUGAGCAUGCUCAGGCAAAAGAUCAAUUGUAUGAGGAUACCCUGGACAAGAAGAACUCCACAAACUGUCCGGAGAACACGUACGAACAGAUUCCCGAGGAAUUCUCCAGACGGGGCCAAGCGAAGCCAGUGACUGCAGAGAAGGAGGAAGUUCGUAAGAAAUGGUUCUCUGAUUGGAAAUGCAAGUGAAGAAAGAAACCGAUUGGUCCCCAUCUGAUGAACGUGGUGCUCAGCUCUCCUUGUGCAUCAUCGUUUUAAUUCUCUGGAUCCCACCAUCUACCCUCUUAACAUACAACACUACGUUGAAAAUGGGCCCAGCAAUUUGCUAUAUUCCAAGAAAGACACUGACCUAGUUCCUGGUAUAUAUUUUACACACGAGCAACAAUUGGUGCUAAUGUUUCACAUCUUUGUAGGUAUC